UGCUUGCUGCAAACUGCAAGUGGUAUUUUGGUACUGACUUGAUCUAGUUUUCCCUUGGAAGUUUCCCUUUGUUUUUGAAUGAAAUGUCAUCAAAGGGGGCAACAAACUCUAGACCGACCAAGAUGAAAGGUAAAGAACUAGGAGGGGGAGAUACAAAGACAGCAGGAUCUUCUCAGAAGACGAAGACAGAAAAUGCCAAGAAAGUAGAAACCCUCAGGGAGAUCGAACAAAUGGAGCAAAAGAUCAAUAGUUUGGACAGAGAGAAAAGCACCAAUCUGUACAGCAAGCGAAGUGAUUUCCGCAAGCUGUUUUGCACUUUAGAAGAACAGGAAUUAAAGAUGAAUAGCGACCGGAAAGCUGAAAAAGCUCGACUAGUGCAGCAGCUGAAUAAGAUGCGAGGCACUGUCACUAAGUUCCAACGUCAACUACGCGAUGUGAAACCAACACCUGAAUUUGUGGAGAAAUUGAAAGAGAUGAUGGAAACAAUAGAAGCUAUCAUGAGGGAGUUCAAAGAACAACAGAGAAAAUUAUAUGAAGAGCUCUUUCGAGAAGAACAGACCUUGAGCCAGGAGGUGACAGCACUGGAGAAGCGUCUUGAAUCCUGGGCCCAGGCUCCGCCCGUUACCAUACAAACCAAACAGACUAAACCCAAACCAGUGUCUUCUGCAAGGAGCGUCAUAGCAGACCUACCUCCUGAAGUGGCAGCGUUUGAGAGAUUCUUAGUUCAGACUGGCGGACAUAAAGGAGGCUGGGAUGAGUACGAUCAAGGAACAUUCCUCAGGAUAAGAAACAAAUAUAAGGGCAAGAUAGCAUUCCUGGACGAGGCAGCAACCUCCAUCCCAGGUCGUAAUAUCGUUGAUGUCCGACAGCACGAGAAUUGGUACCAAGAAUAUCUGUCCUUGAUGGAGAAGAAGAAAGAUGCUAUACAGAAAUGGAAGAUUGUGAAAGAGGCCCAGAAAGAGGAUCUUUUAACCCAGGCAGCCGUGAAUGAAGAUGAAUUUAAGGAGAAGGAAGAAAGGAAGGCGCAGGCCAGGGUUCGUAAACUUGAAGAAGAGAGAAGAGCGCAAUCAGAGAGAAUCAAUGCUUGGAAGGUUCAGAAGGAACUGAAGAAAGCUAUGACAGAAGAGAAGAUGAUGGAGAUGGAGAUGAAAAAAGUCAAAGAUUUUGAAAAGGAACAACAAAGAAAGAUGGAUGUCAAGAACCGAGUCCAAGAGUACCUCCACCAAAAGCAGGAAGAAGAUGCAAUCCAGAGAAUGGAGGAGGAGGCUAAGAAAGAAAUGGAGAUGGAGGAGAAGAGGGUCAUAGGUCAAGUGGAUGUUGCAAGAUUCCAGGAGAGAGACCAACGGAAGAUUGAGGAGAGACUAGCCAAGGGAAGAGCUAAGGAAGAGGAGGAGAGAAGGAAAGCAAAGAGACUAGCUAAGUUGAAGGGCCAGGUUGAAGUGCAGGCAGAGCGUGAUCCAACGAGGUUGUAUAAAUUAACAAAAGGAAUGAAGGAACGAAUGAAAGAUACAUCAUCGUCUGGGGGACCAGUCUUACACAUGCCUCACAGAGCCGUACCGUCAUGGAGAGCAGGGUUAUAAGCAAGGAAGAUGAACGCAACUGCUGAAAGAGCAUAUCUGCACAAGCAAUCUCUAGUAUUGCUUGCUUUGAUAAGUUGGUUUUACUGGCUGCUGUUAAAUUGUAGAACCAGAAAGUAUAUAAUCUGUGAUGAAUCAUUAAAAAAAGUUAAUAAUUACAUGUUAUGCAUCGAUGUACUUAUUGCUUCUACUACAGAGUAGAGUUUUUUUUUUUUUUUGGGGGGGCUCAAGAUUUACACUUUUUGACUGCACAGUUUCAGUAUGGUCAGAUCAAGGACAAUAUUAAAAUGUUAAUAAUUUAGCCCAUUUCGAACAGCGUACAUGUAUGCAAGUGGUCUGUACAAUGUUUGGAAAUGACUGAAAAUUAAUGGCAAAUAAUAACUUGUGUGAUGAGAAGUACAGCAGCUUUGGAUAGUCAAAUUGCAUUUUAAUCCUAAGUAAAAAAACAUUGCACUUUUUAUCUGCCAAAGUUUGAAUAUGAGAAGCAUAACUGAGUUACUCUUCCUAGAUUCAGUAUUCCUAUGAGGAAUUAUU